AUGGAUAAAAAAAUGAUGAGAAGAAGACUUUUUAAUAUGACUGAGGAAGAGCGGGCAUCUGUACAAGAGAGGAACAGUCUAAGCGCCUUCCAGAUGCGUAGCGUGUUCCUCUCUUGUACGGAUGCCUAUCAGAUCGAAGAGCAGCCAGGCUUGAGGAUGCACAAUGGCGAGCACGGGCGUCGCGUGCUGCAGCAACAGAUUUAG